CUGGCGGUCACAGUUGUGUCCUGGAUUGUAGCAGAGUGAGAGCAGCCCUCCUGCAGCCUUGUUAGCCCACCACCAUGGAUGUCAAGCUCCUGGCACUGAUGGCUCUGCUGGCCGUGGCCACACAUGUACCAACCUCCAACGCGAAGCCCAUCAGUCUGGUGGAGCGGUGCUGGUGUCGUUCCACCCUCAGCACGGUUCCUCAGCGGUCCAUCAAAGAGCUCAAGUUCCUCCACACACCCAACUGCCCCUUCCAAGUAAUUGCCAAGCUGAAGAACAACAGGGAGGUUUGCAUCAACCCUGAGACCAAGUGGCUUCAGCAGUACUUAAAGAACGCCAUUAACAAGGUGAAGAAGUCUAGAAGACGCAAUAACAAGAAAAACUAAACACAAGGAAAGACAUGUGUAUGUCGUCAGGCCUGGCAUUCCCGGGUCGAACCUGUAUACCUCCCUGUCACUGCUAUGGAUGUUUGUAAACACGCUGUAUGUACCUGUCCACCUCUCUGGACCGCUUGCAGAACUAGCACUUCACCGCCAAACCGUCCCGUCUGCCACACCGCCACCAAUCCCCCUGGACACCCACGCAGUCACCUCCAAUGUUAGCACCAAGUGCAAUUAUGCCUUGAUAUGGCGGGACACAUGCUAACGUCAGAUAUAUGUGUGUGAGUGGUAGGCACGAGAGAGUGUGUGUGUGUGUUUGAAUGUGCAACAUAUGAACUAACUCUAAAUGUGCGUCUGUAUAUAGUAUUUCUCACUAAACCCAGCCGGAGAGGAACAAUUUGAACUUUCAGUCUCACACAAGGCUUUGUGGGUAAUGCUACCUUCACGGUCUCCGAGAAGGAAUUACGAUUUGGAUUUUGUUGGCUGUCCUACAGUAUAUAUCUUUAAUUAUUAAAGACGUGUUUACUUUACAAACACCAAAGGUCAAUCCACCCAAGUUAUUUUUUACUGUAAUAUCUCAACAUAUACAGCUUUUAAAAAGAGUGACUACUGUUAUUUUAACAUAUUUCUACUUUUUAAUGUAGAUCUUACUUCAUAAGAAAAACAAAAAACCUACUCAGGAUGGAGGUGUUAUAUGAAAAGUUUCCACUGAUAAGAAGUGAAAGUGGCAUAACUCCGUGACUGAGGGGUCCUGGGGCAGUAACAGAGUCUUGCCAGUGGGGUUAACCCUUUACAAGCAGUGACCAAUCAGGGCAGGCCGGGCUACAUCAGUAUCUGGAAUUGUCUUCACGCUUACUCCAGCAUCCGGAAAAAAACAGAACGAAGCUAAAACACACUGCUAAGAAACAAGCACUGAUAUUGUGGUGCUAUAUAUUCAGUCAAAGGGGGUCAGAGCCAUUGACAUAAUUAUAUUUCACUGUUUAUUAUAUGCAAGAUUCAAUAUGUAAUACUGUGACCUCUUUGUCUUAUAUGAAACACAAUUAUGUUUUUUUUACCAGUCACAAUAUAUUUAAAGCGCUGUUGUUAGAGUCUGAUGUGGAAAAUGAAAUAGAAAGCUGAUUUUAUGUGAAGGCCAUAGUGUAUUGAUAAAUACUUUAAGGAAAUGGAACACUUAUCAAUGCAGAAUUUUUGUUAUGGAACAUAUCAGUAAACAGAGACCAAAUAAGGAUGACUUUCCAUUUCAUUUUUUGUUACAAAAGGGAUUAAAAGAUUGUCAUAAUUCUUCAUUUGUUUCAACUCAUCAAAGGGACUGAAUGUAAAUGUAUAUCAUGACAAUAGAGCAAUUCAACUGCAGUAUUUUCAUACCAACACCUGUCCUUGGUAGGAAUGAAAAGCUAAAAAAACUCUCACAUAAAACAGAUGAAUGAUAAAUAUCACAAUGGGAAUGUUCACUGUGGCAAAAAGAAAGUUUUUGAUUAGUCUUUUUAUAUAUAUUUGAGCCACUUUAUUAUCAGAUGUGUCUUUUUAAAUGUAACUGUUUUAUUUUUAUAUUGUGUAUAAUCUUACUAAAUGCCUUUUAACACAAUGUACAGUAGGCAGUAGCUACUAAAUGAAGGCUAGCCCAUAAAAUGUAAGAAACAGUAUUAAGCUUCAUUUUUAAGAUGUCAUGCAAUACACAUGUAAUGGGUUGUUAUUCCACAGUAUUCAACACUGAAAUACUUUUUAAAAUAAUUUUUUUUAACAAUGUUGAUAAAAAAAAAUCUGUCAAUCAAAUCAAAUAUCCUGUUUUUUGUUUUUCCGUAUUGUUUCUUUGUUAACCAAUCUUACUAUAACAAUGGUGAAUUGAAUAAAAUCUGUUACGGUCAACACUCAAGAAAACAAAACCCGCUGUCAAUGUGUUACAUGUGACAGGAAACACGGCCCACCAGUCGCCCCCAUUGAACACCAGAUUCAAUUUUUUUAUAUUUUUACUAAGGUUGAUGUAUGAUGUGUCAAUCGAGCCACUGAGCCAAAACAGAACAAAACAGUUGAGUUGAGAUCCCAGCGACCAACAUGUGCUUCCAAUCUGGACACUCCCAGAACCCCACGGGCUUUCUUUUCACUUUCACUCAACUGCUGCCAUGCCGCAACAUUUUUUCCCCCUAAAUUGUAACGUGAGUCCUAUUGUUUGCGGUCAUUUCUAUGCUCUAUGUUUUGUUUUGUUUUACAAGGUCUGUUUCCUGAGAGCCUGAUCACAGGUGAUACUGAUAUCAAUUUGCAGCUAAUGGUGCAAUAAACCUCCAAGUGUCGUUCAUUUACCAUAAAACUAAUAGAAGUUAGUGGAGACUAUGCUCAACAGUUUAAACACAUUGCUUAAAAUGUUUUUUUUUUUUUAUCAACGCACUGAUAUGCAAUGAUAAAAGUCUAUCUAUUCCCAAAAUGCUUUAAAGUGUUACAUCAAGAAGAAGAGUGUGUUGUUAUUUCUGUAAACUUAAACCUUUCAAAUGUUAAACCUGAUAAUAAAAUCUGUUAUAUU